AGAUAUUUCAAAGGAAGAUAAACGAAAGUCUAUCAAGGAGCGAUGAAAGACAUAUAAUUCGUAGAAAUAUCUUGAAAUGGAGCUAUAAAAACAAAAAAACAGGUUAUUCAAAAUGGCCGAAAAUGUUUAGAAAUUGUGGCGGGAGUCAGCAAUCUCCUGUGGACAUUGACACAGAAGAUGCGUUGAAGAGCGCUUUUUUAAAGCCUCUAGAAUUUCAUGGAUAUGACAGACCGCUCAGAAAUGCAGUUAUCCUAAACAAUGGCCACACCGUGUUAAUAAAGGCAGAAAGAAAUUCGGACCCACCCUUCAUUAAAGGAGGCGGCUUGGAUGGAAAAUAUACAUUUCGACAACUGCAUUUCCACUGGGGAAGUUCAAACGAUAAAGGAUCCGAACACAGAAUUGAUGGGAAAUCUUAUCCAGGAGAGCUGCACAUCGUUCAUGAGAAAAACGGAGAAACUGGCGACCUUGCCGUAGUAGCAGUAUUCCUGGAGAUUUCUAAACGGAAAAACCUUGAUUUAGAACCUAUAAUCACUUCCCUACCCAAAGUAUCUGUUCCUGGACCGGUGGUGCCCAUUAAAAAAUCAUUUCAACUAGCCAAGAUGUUGCCGAAAGAUGCCAAGCACUAUUAUCGCUAUGUAGGAUCACUCACUACCCCACCUUGUACGGAGGGCGUCACGUGGACGAUCUUGGCGACACCUGUCCGCAUCGGGGAGCACCAGCUGAAAGCUUUUCGAAGACUCCGGGCUUCAUCUGGAUCCAAACAUUUUCUGUCAGACAAUUUUCGUCUUCCUCAGGAACUGCAUCAGAGAAUCAUUUUGGAAUCGAUCAUCCCCAAAGCCAGAGGAGUGUCAGACAAACAAAAAUCGACGACGUCUUCUCAGAUGUGAUUUGAUACGAAUCGUUUAGGACUUACAAUUCAUAUCUGUUAUAGACUUUUUAAUGUUGACGAAAAUUGAAUUUCAUAGUUUCAAUUAUAAAUCUUUUUACAAUUCGAUUCUGUGUCAU